AUGGCAGUUAAUUGGCUGGGCUUUAAAGGGAGAGUUUAUCAGGUAAUUCGUGAUAAUUCAAUUAGAAUGAAAGGCCACAUGCAUAAUACUUUAGAGGAGUUACGCAUUCUGAAUUAUUUCAAGGUGCAGCAUAGAUCAUGCAAAACGUCUACCCCAAUUGAGAUUAGUUGGACUCUUCGUAAUCAAGAUGAAAUCAUGAUCUGUUGUGAUGGUGCAUCUUUCGGAAACCCAGGCCAAGCUGGUUCAGGUGUUGUUUUCCGUGAUGCAAGUUCGGAGGUGCUUGGUGUUCUUUGUGUUGGACUUGGUUGGCAAACCAAUUUCUAUUCGGAAGUUUGUGCGAUUAUUUAUGGUGCGAUUAUGGCUAAGAGAUGGAAUAUGCGGAGUAUUUGCAUUUGUUCGGAUUCGAAGAGUUGCAUUCAAGAUUUUCAAAAGGGUGAGCUGCCUUGGCAACUGGUGCAGAAGUGA